UCUAGGUCAAACCAAUGCCGCUCUUGCGCGAUCUUGUCCAGCACCGCCAAUGGUACGCAAAGGUCGCCAUCGUCUCGGCGAUUUUCGGCGCGGCGAUCGAGGGUUUCAUGAUCAAGACGGGCUUCUAUGACAAGGUGACCCUGAUCGAGGCGCAGCGGCGCGCGGAGCUCCACCAAGCGCUGCGGGAGGGCGGCCAGCAGCAGCUGAGCUACCAGGAAUUUAAAUCCCUGCUCAAUGAGAGAUUUGGGGGAUCCUCGUCGUGAAAAUUUAGGGUUCCUGAUGGCGUGAGAGAAAGAGAAACAUGACCGCCACGUGUCUAUGCCCAUGGCGGCGGCGCCACGUGGGUCCCACCCGUAGGCUGGUUGGCGCCGGAUCUAGGCGGCUAGAAGUUUCUCUCUAAAACGCCCCCCGGCAUUCAAAACGACGACCGUACACGACCGCCACCACACAAACGUGCCGUACGGGCGGGAGGUUUAAGGUUUAGGGCGAUGGCUCAAACGGCACGGACAGCUCCGGGUUUGGGUUAAUGUGGCCAAUUUAGGCCAUCCCCCUUUUUUAUUUCCCUCGCCGCGAUAGAUCGAUCGAUCGAUCGAUCCUAGAUAGGGAAGCGGGAUUCUUGGCCGGCCAGCAGCGGGAUCGUCGAUCGCGCCAGCGGCGCCAUGCAUUCAUCCGCGGCAUCGUCAUCCAGCUUUUCUCGCGACGAUCUUGGGAGCCGAGGUCUCGAUUACGCGCUGCUGGAUCCCGGCAAGAACGGCACGCCGCCGCUGAUCAUGUCCAGGGAUUUCCAGAUCGCAGCCGACCGCGACGACGACGGCGCAAUGUACACUAGCGCGAUGGGAGCGGCGCCUUUCGUGUACGAUCACCACCAGGCGGCAGCGGCGUGGCAUCAGCAUCACCUGGUAAACAAUUCCUCCUUCCUAGAAUACGAUCGCAGCAAUCGGUUCCAGCAAGACGCUGUGGAUGACGAUAAUCUCGACAUGGUAGCGCUCUUCCAGCAGCGGCUUCUUCUCCAGCAACAGAUUGCCGAGGAGAGGGCUCGCCAGAGGCAGCAGCAGCAAAAGCUGAUGAUCGACGCCGCCUUCUACGCUGGGCAGCAGCACGGUGAUCAGUUCUAUGGCAAUCCAGGGGCAGCAGGAGGAUUCUACUCUCACCAUCGCGCCAAUGGCGGUGGCGGUGUAAGAUAUUCUUCGCUGGAGAAUCCUCUUGCCAGGCAGGUACAGCAAUUGGCAGCGCUCCGGAAUUUUUGGUGCUCGUCCGAGCAGCGUUACCAGGAAGCACUUCAAGCGUCAGGGAAUCUGGAGGGGUCUCCUCGCUCUGGAGCUGGCAGCGCUAGGAAUGUGUGUCGGUUCUACUUACAGGGAGUUUGUAGCCGGGGAGAGAACUGCCCGUUUCUUCACACCACGGCCAGGGAUCAACCUUCUUCGCUGGCUGCGUCCAUGGCGGAGAGAUCGCUCUCGGGCAGGAAAGCGCCGUCGAUUAAGGGGUUGUCCAACUCGUUUGCGUCGAUGAGUUUGGCCCGGAGGAAGGUUGCCCGUGACGAUGAGACGAGCAGUGAGAAGCGCUCGGCGAGCACCGAGUCGCAGGAGAGUGAUCUUAGCGGGGAAUUCAGGGGGCUCUACGAUUCGACGCAACAGCAGCAGCAGAAGUUUACGUCGCUGGAGGAGAUUGAGGGGCGGAUUUACGAGACCGCCAAGGAUCAGCACGGCUGCCGGUUCUUGCAGAAGAAGUUUAGUGAGGGGAGUUUGGAGGAGAUUGACAAGAUCUUUGCGGAGGUGAUUGAUCACCUUGUAGACUUGAUGACUGACCCUUUCGGGAACUACCUCGUCCAAAAACUCCUGGAGGUUUCCAACGACACGCAGCGCAGGGAGAUUUUGCGUGGCGUCACCAGAAACGGGGAGCUCGUCAACAUCUCCUUGAAUAUGCACGGUACACGUGCUGUUCAAAAACUGAUAGAGACACUCAAGUCGCCAGAGCAAGUUUCCAUGGUGACAAGCUCGCUCAUGCAAGGCGUAGUGACUCUUAUCAAGGAUUCUAAUGGAAAUCAUGUCGUCCAGAAAUGCUUGCAAAAGCUCAGUAACGAAGAUAUCCAGUUUAUUAUUGAUGCGGCGGCACGGCACUGUGUGGAUAUUGGUACACACAGGCAUGGCUGCUGCGUACUCCAGCGCUGUAUUGACUUUGCCUCGGGAACACAGUGCCAUUUUCUUGUUUCCGAGAUCGCCGCAAAUGCUCUGAUUCUUUCGCAAGACCAAUACGGUAACUAUGUCGUUCAGUACAUCCUCGACCUCGAACAAUCUUGGAUAACUCUGGACGUCAUCUACAGGCUGGAAGGGAACUUCGCGUUGCUCGCCAUGCAAAAGUUUAGCAGCAAUGUCGUGGAGAAGUGCCUCAAGCAGUCGUCCGAGGACUCGCGCGCUCUGAUCAUUCGCGAGAUCAUCACCAGCUCCCUGCUGAGCCAGCUGCUCCAGGAUCCUUUUGCGAACUACGUCAUCCAGUGUGCUCUCUCUGUCGCAAAGGGAUCUUUACACACGGCGUUAGUGGACGCUAUUCGCCCACACGUUCCAGUGCUACGCAGCAGCCCUUUCGGGAAGCGCAUUCUUUCCCGGGCUAACAUCAACAAGAGGUGAGAGCAAAGCUCGGGGACUUUGCUACUUCGCGCGCGAGGUACAUUACGAACGCUCUCACUCAGCUCUAGUCUUUCUUUCCUCUUUCACUUUGGAGUCGGGCAUGUAUAAUCAGUCACAGGCCGCACAUCUGACACACAAAAGUUGCUACAUUCGAAGCUAUGGAAGGAAAAAACAUCCCAAAAAAAAACGAGGAGGUCCAAGUAACAGUAUUUGUACCAAGUUUUAUAU